GCGCCGGAAGAGAAACAGCAAGUCUCCAUGGCGGCGGCUGCAGCGGCGGGGCCGGGGUUCUGGAGGCGGCUGCUGGGCCUCCUGCCUGGCCGCCCCGGGCUGGCCGCGCUCCUGGGGCGCCUGCCCGACCGCCUCGGCAGGAACCGGGACCGCCGGCGCAGGAGGUCACCAUGGCUGUUGUUGGCUCCUUUGCUGUCCCCAACUGUCCCCCAGGUCACCUCGCCUCCUUGCUGCCUGUGUCCGGAGGGCGUGCACCGAUUCCAGUGGAUCCGAAACCUGGUUCCAGAGUUUGGAGUCUCCAGUUCUCAUGUCAGCGUGCUUUCUUCACCGACAGAGUUUUUUGAGCUCAUGAAGGGGCAGAUAAAAGCAGCCAGGAGGCGGGUCGUGAUGGCAUCCCUCUACCUGGGCACGGGUCCUUUGGAGCAGGAACUCGUGGAUUGCCUGGAAAGCACUCUGGAAAAGUCACUCCAAGCAAAGUUUCCCUCUGACCUCAAGGUGUCCAUUCUCUUAGACUUCACGCGGGGCUCAAGAGGAAGGAAGAACUCGCGCACGAUGCUGCUCCCCCUCCUGCAGAGGUUUCCAGAACAGGUCCGAGUCUCCCUCUUCCACACGCCCAACCUCCGCGGGCUCCUCCGGCUCCUCAUCCCUGAGCGCUUCAAUGAGACCAUUGGCCUCCAGCACAUCAAAGUGUACCUCUUUGACAACAGCGUCAUCUUGAGCGGCGCAAACCUGAGCGACUCCUACUUCACCAACCGGCAGGACCGCUACGUGUUCUUGCAGGACUGUCCCGAGAUUGCCGACUUCUUCACGGAGCUGGUGGACGCGGUGGGGGACGUGUCCCUGCAGUUGCAGGGGGAUGACACGGUGCAGGUGGUGGAGGGCAUGGUGCAUCCUUACAGAGGUGACCGGGCUGCUUAUUGCAAGGCUGCCAACAAGAGGGUGAUGGACGUGAUCAACUCAGCCAGGACCCGCCAGCAGAUGCUGCACGCCCAGACCUUCCACAGUGACUCCGUUUUGACCCAUGAAGAUGCAGCAGCUGCUGGUGACCGGAGGCCGGCCCCUGACACCUGGAUUUACCCGUUGAUCCAGAUGAAGCCUUUUGAGAUUCAGAUCGACGAGAUUGUCACCGAGACCCUGCUGACCGAGGCUGAGCGAGGUGCUAAGGUCUACCUCACUACCGGCUACUUCAACCUGACCCAGGCCUACAUGGACCUGGUCUUGGGCACGCGGGCCGAGUACCAGAUCCUGCUGGCCUCACCGGAGGUGAAUGGCUUCUUCGGGGCCAAGGGGGUGGCAGGCGCCAUCCCGGCCGCCUACGUGCACAUCGAGCAGCAGUUCUUCAGUGAGGUGUGCAGCCUGGGGCAGCAGGCACGGGUCCAGCUGCAGGAGUACUGGCGGAGGGGCUGGACAUUUCAUGCCAAAGGUACAUGGCAGCUGGCCAGAGGCCGGCCCACACAGGACAGCCCCGGGGGGGCGGGCCUCUGGCUGUACCUGACAGGGAGCAGCCUGCCCUGUCUCACGUUGAUUGGCUCUCCUAAUUUUGGGUACAGGUCAGUUCACCGGGACCUGGAGGCCCAGAUCGCCAUCGUGACGGAGAGCCGGGCCCUGCAGCAGCAGCUUCACCAGGAGCAAGAGCAGCUCUACCUGAGGUCAGGUGUGGUGUCCUCUGCCACCUUUGAGCAGCCGAGUCGGCAGGUGAAGCUGUGGGUGAAGAUGGUGACGCCACUGAUUAAGAACUUCUUCUGAGGACAACAGGGAUGGCCUUGAUGAAGAUGACGGGCAUGGCCGGCGUCAGCUCUUUCAGCCGUGCUUCGGCGAUGACUCCGGUCUGGGUGUCCCAGCGAGCUCCUGUGGGGACAGGGCGGCCGUGGUGAGACGACUGGUUCCUGU